AUGGGCGGCGUGGCGGGCGGGCGGCUGUCUCUGCCUCUGCCUCGAGUGAGCCUCGUCUCGCUCUUCGUCUACUCGAGCCUCGUCUCGUGUGCCGCCUCGUGGGCGGCGUGGCGUGGCGGGCGGCUGUCUCUGCCGCCGCCUCGACCUCGUCUCGUGUGCCGCCUUGUGGGCGGCGUGGCGGGCGGGCGGCUGUCUCUGCCGCCGCCUCGAGUGAGCCUCGUCUCGCUCUUCGUCUACUCGAGCCUCGUCUCGUGUGCCGCCCUGUGGGCGGCGUGGCGUGGGCGGCGGCUGUCUCUGCCGCCGCCUCGAGUGAGCCUCGUCUCGCUCUUCGUCUACUCGAGCCUCGUCUCGUGUGCCGCCUCGCGGGCGGCGUAG